ACCACCCAUCCCUCUGCCCCACAGGAUGAGUUCCACCCCUUCAUUGAGGCGCUGCUCCCCCAUGUCCGGGCCUUCGCCUACACAUGGUUCAACCUGCAAGCCCGCAAGCGCAAGUACUUCAAGAAGCAUGAGAAGAGGAUGACGAAGGACGAGGAGAGGGCGGUGAAAGAUGAGCUGCUGAGUGAGAAGCCAGAGGUGAAACAGAAAUGGGCCUCGCGCCUUCUGGCCAAGCUGCGCAAGGACAUCCGGCCCGAGUGCCGUGAGGAUUUUGUGCUCUCCAUCACCGGCAAGAAGCCCUCAUGCUGCGUCCUCUCCAACCCUGACCAGAAGGGGAAGAUGCGCCGCAUCGACUGCCUGCGGCAGGCAGACAAGGUGUGGCGGCUGGACCUGGUCAUGGUCAUCCUCUUCAAAGGGAUCCCACUGGAGAGCACCGACGGUGAGCGCCUGGUCAAGUCAGGCCAGUGCACCAACCCCAUCCUCUGCGUCCAGCCCCACCACAUUAGUGUCUCUGUCAAGGAGCUGGACCUCUACCUGGCUUACUUCGUCCGUGAGAGAGAUGCAGAGCAGAGCAGCAGCCCCCGGACAGGCAUUGGCUCGGACCAGGAGGACAGCAAACCCAUCACGCUGGAUUCCACAGACUUCCAGGAAAGCUUUGUUACCUCGGGGGUGUUCAGUGUCACCGAGCUCAUCCAGGUGUCCCGAACACCGGUGGUGACAGGCACGGGUCCAAACUUCUCUCUUGGGGAGCUCCAGGGCCACCUGGCCUAUGACCUGAACCCCUCCAGCACUGGCAUGCGGAGGACACUGCCCAGCACCUCUUCCAGCGGGAGCAAACGGCACAAGUCGGGGUCCAUGGAGGACGACAUCGACACCAGCCCGGGGGGCGAGUACUACACCUCCUCCAAUUCCCCCACCAGCAGCAGCCGCAACUGGACAGAAGACAUGGAAGGGGGCAUCUCCCCCACUGUGAAGAAGACAGAGAUGGACAAGUCCCCCUUCAACAGCCCGUCACCCCAGGACUCCUCGCCCCGUCUGAGCAGCUUCACGCAGCACCACCGUCCCGUCAUCGCAGUGCACAGCGGUAUCACUCGAAGCCCACACCCAUCAUCUGCACUGCAUUUCCCCACCACCUCCAUCCUCCCACAAACGGCCUCCACCUACUUCCCCCACACGGCCAUUCGGUACCCGCCUCAUCUCAACCCACAGGACCCACUGAAAGAUCUCGUCUCACUGGCCUGUGACCCGUCCAACCAGCAGCCCGGACCGUUAAAUGGAAGUGGUCAAGUGAAAGUGCCCAGCCACUACUUGCCCCCGCAGAUGCUGGCGCCGCCACCUCCCCCUGGCAUGCCCCGCUUGGCCGUCUCUCCUGACACCAAACCCACUACGACAACUACCGAGGGAGGGACGACCUCGCCGACAUCACCCACCUACUCUGCACCAGGCACGCCCCCUGCGAACCGUUCCUUCGUGGGAUUAGGACCAAGGGAUCCUGGGAGUAUCUAUCAGGCACAGUCCUGGUACCUGGGAUAACCGCCGCCGUGCCGCCCCUUCGCCUCCCUUCUCUGCUUUAGGCACCCCCAGAGGAACAUCCCUGAGCACCAGGCCCAGCCUUGUGGUGACGACGGAGAGCGUGGACUCACGAUGACGACGACGACGACAACGACGACGACAAGCAAAACCCACACCCGAAGGAAAGAGCGAGGGAAAGGAAGAAGGAAAAGGGUCAAACUUUUUCAAAACAAAAAAACCCACACAAACAACACCCCCCUCCAACCCAGGAGGAUCCCACCCCCCCCCUCCCCCCAGGAGAACAAAGAAACACACACACACGAAAGAGAAAAAAACACUAUUAUUUGCCCCCGUUGGACAGCGCUACGCUGAGACCUGACACAACUCGUGCCAGCAAUGCUCCUGCAGCGCCUGACCCCCAGCGGCUGCCGACUCCCUCGGUCCUGCCUCCAUGUGAGUAGAAAAGAUCAAACCCCCUUUGGGCGUCCCCCCACCCGGCCACACACAGACUGUCAGGGGAGCCCGGGGUGUGACACGGUGACAUGGUGCUGCAGUGGCCGGGGCUUGGCUUGUCAUGACUUUCACAGGAGGAAGGGGGCUGGGGGUUCCCGUCCCCCCCUACCGUGUCCCCGUGUCCCCCACACGUGUCCCCACCCCGGGGGUUGGGCGGGGGGAGCUGUGAUGAGGGGACACUCCGUGUGUCUGAGCUAUGCAUUCCUGUGGACAGGUACGGGGGGGGGGGGGGCGCGAUUGUGUUGCACAUUUGUAGGAAAUGCACUUUGAAGAGGGAUUGGUAAAAAAAAAAAAAAAAAAAGAAAGAAAAGAAAAUAUUACAAAAAAGGAGGAAAAGGAAGAGGAGGAGGAGGACGAAGAGGAGGAAGAAACAGAGCCCCCGGCCUGGCCUUUGGCUGCUUUGGGGUUUUUUGGGAUUUUUUUCUUUUUUUAACGCCAAGGGCAGAGCCCCCCCGCACCCCCCAAAGCACCCCCCACCCCCCAAACCCCCCUGAACCCCAAAGCCCCCUCCGCACCCACCACCCUGCGCCAAGUGCCUGAACCGCUGCGGUGGAAGGGACACAGACCCGGAGAACCCCCUUAAGGAUCCCCCCCCACUGAGGGGGAAGCGCUGGAGGAAGUCCCCAUCCCGCGCAGGGGAGGAAGAAGAUGAGGAAGACCCCCGGUGUUCCCCCGGAGCAGACUGGUGUUUCCCCCCGGCGCCGCAGGGGACAGCUCACGGGGGUGAUGGAGAGAAGCCACUGUGGGAUGUGCGGGAUGGCAGCGAGGGCACCGCCAAACCCUCCCCCGCCUCCCGCGGGAAGGAAAAGGGCUGGAUGGAGGAAAUCCCUGGAGAGGAGAAGACAUCCAACACGAGAAGAAAAAGAAAACCCGCAAGAGAACAAGAGAAAACAGCAAAAGAAGCACUUGGCGGCAACGGAGCCCUCUUUCGUUUGGGGUUAUUUUUUAUAGACCUGAGAAAAGCAUUAAAAAAAAAAACCCAAGGGAAAAAAAAAAAAAACAGCGAAAAAGAGGAGAAAAAAAAAAAGAAAAAAAAAAACGGACAAAACCCCCUGUUUAUAAGUGCAUGGUGCUUUACCAGGACCUGGCGACCCGGCUCGGCCCCGCCGUGCCGGCGAUGCUGUGCAUGGCAGAGUGUAACCAGCUCGACCUUCCCCUCAGCAACAGAGAAAAAGAGGAAAAAAAAAAAAAAAAAACAAACAAAAAAAAAUCUGUAUAAAAGAAAAAAAAAAAAGGGGGCGAAAACCCGAAAAAAAAGCAAGAAAAAAAAAAAAAACCACAACAAAUCCAUGUUUUCCUAAUUUGCACGAAGUUUUCUACCACAAGAUGUGCCUUUGCCUUCGGAGCCUCAGUAUUACCGGGCCCGGUGCCGGGGAGCGGGAGCCACUGCAUGCCCGGGGCCCCCCCCCCCGCCUCCUGCAUGGCUUCUUGGCCGGAAAAAUCCCCUUUUUCUCUCUUUUACUAUUAUUAUUAUUAUAUUGUUAUUAUUUUUUUUAACCCAUUUUCCUCCCCUUUGGAAACGUCUUCCAGUUGAUGCACCCUCUGCGCCAACACACCAGAAUAUGCAAUUGCCGCCCCCCCCCCCCCCCGCUUUGCCUCUUUUUGAGGGGGGUUCCUUCCCUUUUGGGGGGGGUCUUUUGGUUUUUGGCUUCCAGCAACCAAAGGCAGCAAGGUGGGAGGCAGCGCCCCCCUACCCCUCCCAGGCCUGGACCCUGCCAGUGCUCUGGGUCUGGACAUGGCAAGGUGGAUGAGGGUGCAGUUGGGGUCCCUCAUGGCUGAGCCCUCGUGAGGUGGGGGGGCCAGCAUCCUGACCUCCCCCUUUUGAACUGGUUUUUAAUGGGGUGCAGGGCCAAGAGGGCUGAGCCCAGCAGCUCUUGUGACAGGAAUGGAACCGUGUGAAUGUAGCUGUGCCCCUCCCCUCCC